AUGGCUUCUGAUAUUGGGCUACCUAUACCUGAGGCGUACAAUGUGUCGCCUAGAACCGGGUUUCUGCCCGAAGUUGUAUCUUGCGAGUCCGAUUUGCACCCAUACUACCAGCCAUGGAUCCGCGUUACUCAGGACUUACAAAAUUUGAUCAUGGACAAUCGAAUACGAAACGUCGUUGACGGGAUUCCGGUCCUGAGCUGUGAGCGUCUCGAGACAAUAUCGCAGCGAAGAAAAGCAUACUCGAUGCUGGGCUUCAUUUACCAUGCAUACAUUUGGGGAGGUGAAGAGCCGGCAGAGGUUAUCCCGGAAUCAGUAUCGAGCCCGCUCUUGUUGAUCUGCAAGUCACUGGAACUGCCUCCCGUUGUGACCUAUGCUGGAUUAGACAUUAAACCGCUUUAUCGUAUUGAUAACCUCUCAACUCAGAUAACCUUCACGGGUGCGAUCGAUGAGAGCUGGUUCUACCUCGUCUCGGUAGCUAUCGAGGCUAGGGGUGAUCCACUAGUCAGGGUCAUUUUGGAUGCAGUUCAUUAUGCGCAAGGGAACGAAGUCAAUGCGGUUGCUGCUCAGCUUAUAUGUCUUCUCGAGCGUUGA